GAAAAAUAAGAGUUUUCAAGGGCUACAAGUUAUCAUUGAACAGCCUUCUUUCCAGCCAUCACCGUUAGCCCGUCGAUUUAUACCCUUCCCCGAAGUCAGUUGGGUCGCGUGCCCAAACACAACAGAUCUAGAGCUAACCUACAGCCCAGACGACUUGACAACUACAAACGCCUUGAAGCUGCUGAGCUUUUAGAAAAUGACAUCUGGAGGUUCAGGUCCUCAAUACAAGCUUCAGAUCACUGCUGGACCGACAUACGAUACAUCAACACACUCUCUCGUCCAUGUGAAUAGUGAUACCAACCUAUGCAUCGAGACAGAGCAUGCAAAGGUGAACCUUUGUCUUCGUAUACAAGACUACAAUGGUCUCCCGGACUCCUCACCAAAAACACAUGCCCACUUUUCACACCCAACUCGCGUAAACGACCAGUACUCUCUUGCUAUCUCAUUUGUACCGAAAAAGAGAAUAACCGGAAACGACCUGGUGCUGGGGAAUGAUCUGGACCGCCCUAUACGCGAUAGGCUCCCGCCAGGAUCAAGCUAUGCGUUUAAAUUCAUCAAGUGGUGGGUUGAUCCGGGACUAGAAGGGGAUAUAUACGCGGAUCAACCUUAUAUCUAUGGGCCGUGUCUUUCGAGCUGGAACUAUUUCCGGGUUUGCGGUAAGGAGGAGGAAACAGAGAACUCGGAGGCGGAGAUACAUGAGGCUGUUGUUGAAGAAGGGGGUGAAGGCAGUGGGCAGGCAGUUCGUGACGAACUGCAGAUACCCGAAGACAAUGGCCUGAGACAGAAGUUUUUCCUGGACGAGCAGAAGAGGAAGGACUUUGAGUUUGAGCCGGGAAGGAUAUAUAAAGCGGACUUUGGAAAUCCUUACAUUGGAUUCAGCGGUAUGAUAAUAUCAUUUCUCCCCUCACCACACUGGACGUACUAUGUCGAAUCUAACAUGAGACAGAUUUCACGAUCCGUAUCCCUGGCUUCCCGGUCCCGGUUACCAAGUAUAUUGACGAAAAGAACCAUGAGUUGCGGUACAUAUUGAAGAACAAGACUACUGGCGACAUCUACUUCGUCGUGCUCUUUACGCUUCUGAUGCAAAAUGGGGCAGAGGUAGAGCCACCAAAGGAUGAAAGAGCGUCAGAUGAGGGAGAGGCAGAGGUUGACUAGACCUACUUGUAACGUGAUGGCUUGCAUAGAGGUUAGCAGGGGGUUUAUAUAGAGGAGUCAUUUGGUAUGAAUUUUUUCCUUUUAUUUUUUA